UCUGGAGCGUAUGGCCGUGGAGUUCAGCAGGUGAGCUCCCAGCCCGGAUGGUGGGACCGGGCCUGGGCUCCCACCGCCACCUCCACCUCUUCAGCCAGAGCCCUCUGGCCCCGGCCCGGCCCGGGGUAGGGACUCUCAGGGAACAAGCCUGUUUUCCUACCGGGACAGGAAGCUCCCCCAACAACAGGCAGCUUCAGCCCCUCGGAUUGCAGUUCACAAGGACCUCAGCGGCACUUUGACGUUGCCUUCCUCUUUCCCAGACUAUCAAUGGCAGGAUACCAGCUCUGGUCACCAUGGACCCCACUGGAUGAGAGCUUCCAAUGGCUGCGGCACACAACACCUACACCUUCUUCCAAGCACCCCUUUAGGGCUUCCCCCUGCUUCCCACACACCCCUUCUGACCUUGAAGUGCAGCUAUGCUUUCAAGAGGUCACUCUAGUCCUAGACAGCCCAUUCCUGGAAUCUGGGGUGAGUCCCAAGUUACCCUGCCACACAUCAGAGCUCCGAACCAUAAACAACAAGAAAGGGCUGGUCAGGAAGCCCCAGCCUGUCCGCCUCAGUGGAGUGGAUUCGGUCUUUGGCAGGGUCAUCACGGCUCAGCCUCCAAAGUGGACUGGGACCUUCAGAGUUUCAGACAAGUCAGCCUUUUGCAAAAUCAUCAGCCGGGAGCACCAGUGGCCCACUGGACUUAAGGAACCUCAGAUUCAGAUGACAGUGACCAUGUGCAAACAGAUGCUGCGCUCUAUCCUCUUGCUGUAUGCAACGUACAAGAAGUGCACCUUUGCCUUGCAACACUCCAAGUAAAGGGUCCCCCACCUGUUCCCUUCCUCACACCAUUCCCUUUGCUAUGUGCCUGAAGCUUGCAGAAACCUUUCCAUGUAAAGGAAACUGACAUUGCCCCAACCAUCUCGCUUUUCUGUAAAGCAGUGAAAAUUCAGGAGCCUUUUUCCUCCCUUCCCCUCCAAAAAAGGGCCAGUGAUAGAGCAAGGAAGAACAAUUUCCAUUGAAAUGUUGAACAACUAUUUAAAAGAGAGUCAAAUUAGCAUUGACAUGUACAUGUGAUAAAGAACCAUUAAACAAACCAUAUAAAUAA